CAAAUCUAAUACAAUGGAUUACUACAAAGCAGUAGGCAGUGCUUGUUAUCGGUAUAACCCGCCCUUUCCGAAACUAAACGAGUUUUAACCUUUCCUCAUCAUACAUUACUGUAAAUAUCGUCUGGAUUUUUGCUUUAAACUCUGAAAAAAUCAUGUACACGAAAAACAAACUCGAAGGAAAGUCUGUGGUGUUUACAUGUUAUGAAUAAGUGACGUCAGAGAAGAUGAAGCGAGCAGCAGGUGUGCAGAAACCACCCUUGGCACCAAAACCAAGCGUGAAACCGGCAGCAGUGCAAACAGAGCUUGCUUCGAGAUUGUUUGCUUAUCAACAACGUUCCUCACCGACUGUUGAACAGAAAGAAAAGCCUUCCGUGGCACCAAAGCCGUGCCUCUCCAAUAUUUCCCCUCAUGCUUUUAACUCAAAACCUCUCAAGGUUGAGCACCAAGCUCGUCUUCAGCAAAAGCCUGAUGCUACGAGGAACGUCGGACUUCUUAAUAUCAGGAAUGGAACGCAUGCCGAGGUGUGGGAUUACGUAAUUCCGAUUUGUGUUUGCGAUCAUGGAAAUUGCGCAGAUUGCGUUGCAUCAAAGGACAACAACCAUAAAGUUCUUCAACACGAAAGGUGUCCUGGUACGAAAGAAGUUGCCAGAAAGACUCUAUCUACACCGACCUUAUCCAAGAGCUUCUCUGGAAAUGGCUCAUCAAAUAAUAAUAAUAAUUCCCAACAGCAGGAAAAACCUCAGAUUCAGAACUCUGAUUAUUCGAAGGCAAAUCAGAGCAUCAUUCCGAAAUGGAAAAACAUUGAGAUGCCAGCUUCCCGAAUACAACAGAACAUUGUUUCUGCCAUUACUUCACCUGUUGAUAGUAAGCCGACCCCCAAGCUCAAUGAAUGUAGAAUCUCAAGUGAUGAUGUACAUCGUAGUCAAUAUCCAGAUCAAAUGCAACCUUUAAGGAAACCUGUAGCUGUGCCUCGAAAAGUUAGGAUGGAACAACCCGACGCUGUCCUUCAAGAGUCGAUGGGACCUACCAGGAGUCUUACUGUCUCACCUGUGGAUGUAAAUAGUACAGAUGUGUUCAUAAGAAAGGUGAAUAUUACCAACGUAGGACAUACUAGUGAGAGCAAAGGUACUGUAGACAUUAAAGGUACCCAAAAUGACAGGUGGGUGACCCCGAUACCCACCCCACGCCAGAAGAUCCCUCGGUUGCAACAAAAUAAAACCCAAGAUGCUCGCCAAAGUGUUGCUGCACGGGGGACUGAGGUUAAAGCACAAAAUCUGGAUUUACAUGUUGAUGGCCAUCAUUAUCCUAUAUGGAGGAGGAUUCCCCAAAAACCCGGACCUGAUUUUGGGAACAUUGAGACUACAGAACGUUCAGUAGAUGGACUUUUAAACAAGACAAAUAUGUUCAGAAGUCCUAUGACUGACAUUAAAAACGAUGCAGAAGUGAAACCACCAGCCAGUCCUCCAAGCAAGAAUCCCAAAGUGAACCUCAAACCUAAAUCCAGGUCCUUAUCCUCAGUCGACUUGCUUAGGCCUGAUGGUGUAAAGAAAACCUUCCUAAAGAUUGUACACCUUGACUUUAGCGAUAAAAAGGUGCCCACCAAAAAUAGACAGGACCUUGGUUUCCCUGCGGUUAAGAACGAGCAGUCGGUGGACGCUGAGUUUUAUGCGGAAGAAAUCCAAAACCAGGUCCGUUCUGAAAGACCGAUGCUCAAUAAUAUAUAUAGAAAUAACGUAGAAAUCGAGCAAAGUGUUGAUGGAGACGACCUUGACAUACAUGUAGAUGAUGAACAUGUGUAUGAUGAUGUGGCAGAGUAUGAAUAUCUGCCUCAUCUUAGCACCACACAGGUAGAGGUCACCAACAAUUGUCAAAACCAGACAGUCAUGUAUGAAAACGAUGGUUUUUAUGACUAUCCAGAUGUGAUCUUUGAAAACCCAACAAACUCCAAAAAGCAGCAGGAGCUUGUUCAAAGCAUGUAUGAGGAUGAUGGCCUUUAUGAAUAUCCAGAAGUGUGCUCUCAAAACCCCACAAACUCAGAACAGCAGGAGCUUCAUCAAAGAAAUGCACUUGAUGAAAUGGACGAAUUUGAUGACACUCAUUCAGAGGAAGAUGAAAGCAGCCUAGAGGAAGAUGAAGAUAACCCCACCAUUAUAGAGAGACGGAUUGAGGCUAAGAAGAACAAGGUUGAACACAUUGUCAAUGAAAUCAUGACUUCGGAGAAAAUAUUCGUGAGCGUACUGAAACUCCUGCAUAUUGAUUUUCGUGAAGCUGUGUUAAAAGCCUCCUGUCAGACGGGGAAAGCCGUGAUUGACGAGCGAAUCUUGAAUCAGAUCUUGUGCUCUUUGCCAACGCUUUACGAACUGAAUUGCAACCUGUUGAAAGAGCUGGAAAAACGAGUCGCUCACUGGAACGAGCACUGUGCCGUAGCAGAUAUAUUUGUGAAGAAAGGACCGUACCUUAAAAUGUACGCUACUUAUAUCCGCGAGUUCGACAAGAAUGUGGCUCUUCUGGAAGAGCACUGUCGGAAAAACCCAGCGUUUGCCAAAGUCGUCCGUGAAUUUGAGAGCGACCCAUGCUGUGCUAAUCUGGCAGUGAAACAUUACAUGCUUAAACCCAUUCAGAGAAUUCCACAGUAUCAACUUCUACUGACCGCUUAUUUAAACCAUCUUGAUGAAGAUUCUCCAGACUACAAAAAUGCUGAAGCUGCUUUGGUGAUAGUAAAGGAGGUGGCCAAUCAUGCGAAUGAAAUCGUGAGACAAGAGGAUAACUUUCAGAAGCUUUAUGAUGUUCAGUGUCGACUCGUUGGACAACAUGUCAUUGUCCAGCCAGGACGGGUUUUGUUAAAGGAGGGAAUCCUGAUGAAAUCCUCAAGGAAAGUGAUGCAGCCUCGAAUGUUUUUUUUAUUUAAUGACGGUCUCCUGUAUAGCACACCUUUACCAUCUGGGAAUUACAGAGUGAACAACAUGCUCUCUUUGGCUGGAAUGAAGGUUAGUAAACGUUAUCAGGAAGACUAUCAUGAGCUGAACAUUGAAAGUGUUGAACGAUCUUUUAUCCUGUCUGCCAGUUCUGCUGUAUGCCGAGAUCAGUGGCUGCAAGCGAUUUCCGCCGCCAUCGAAGAUUACAACAAAGACAUUUCAGUUAAAAACCCUGAGAUGGUAACCCAAGAUGUUACAGAUAAUGAUGCCCAGCUGGGAACCAAAGCCCCAAUAUGGAUCCCAGACCAGCGGGCGACUAUGUGCAUGAUCUGCACCUGUGAGUUUACCCUCACCUGGAGACGUCACCACUGCAGAGCUUGUGGAAAGGUUGUUUGUCAAGCCUGCUCGAGUAACAAGUAUCCAUUAAAAUAUCUGAAGAAUCAGCAUGAACGAGUGUGUGAUCUGUGCUUUGCUGUUUUUCAGAGGAGAAAUUCAGGUGACCAGGGACCCAGCAAUACCCAUCUAUCACCUAAUGGCAAAUCUUUCCAUUACAAAAAGGGAAAGAAAAUACCAGCAGCACUGAAAGAGGUGUCGGCUAACACGGACGGAUCCUCAAUGAACGGCUACUUAGAGAGGACGAAGGGCAAUAAGAAACAGUGGAGAAGAUUCUGGUUUGUCAUCAUGAAUAAAGUUCUGUACACGUAUGCUGCCAGUGAGGAUGUAGCUGCUUUGGAAAGUCAACCACUUCUUGGAUUCUCUCUGAAAUCUGAGAAUCCAGAAGCUUCAAUGCAAUUUAAACUUUACCACAAAAACACUCUUUACUACAUUUUCAAGGCAAAUGACAGCCAAGCCUGUCAAAGGUGGAUUGAAGCUUUUCAGGAAGCCAUGGUUCUUUAAAAUUCCUGAAAGUGUGACAAUUCCAAAGACAUCAGACUUGAGAAAGACCCAAAGUUAUUUCAUCACACUGCAAAAAAUUUUUUCAAGAAUUUUU